AUGGGUAUCUCGCGCUCUUCGCGACACAAGCGUUCACAUACCGGUGCACAGCGCCCCCACUACCGCAAGAAGAGAAAGUUCGAGCUCGGUCGCCAAGCCGCUUCCACCAAGCUCGGCCCCAAGCGUGUCCACAGCGUCCGCGUCCGCGGUGGUUCUCUCAAGUAUCGCGCCCUUCGCCUCGACUCGGGUAACUUCGCCUGGGGUAGCGAGCACGUCACUCGCAAGACGAGGAUUAUCGGUGUCGUCUACAACGCUUCCAACAACGAGCUUGUCCGCACGAACACGCUUGUCAAGAGUGCCAUCAUCCAGAUUGACGCUACUCCCUUCCGUCAGUGGUAUGAGGCUCACUAUGCCCAGCCUGUGACCAAGAAGGGUGCGAAGAAGGAUGCCCCUGCUGAGACUGAGGAGGAGAAAAAGCAGUCCAACCACGUGCAGCGCAAGCUUGAGGAGCGGAAGAAGGACGCGAAGAUCGACACCCUGCUCGAGUCGCAAUUCGCCGCGGGUCGGUUGUACGCCGUUAUCAGCAGCCGGCCAGGACAGUCGGGCCGUGCGGACGGUUACGUGCUUGAGGGGCGGGAGCUCGAGUUCUACCUGAGGAAGAUCAGGACUGGCAAGCAGAAGCACGCGCAUGCGGCGUAA